AUGUCUCGCGAGAGCAGGGCAAUGAUGGAGCGGGGCAUGAAGAACGAACAGACGAUAUCUGCCGCUUCGUCCAACGCCAACGACAUCUUCUUCAAGAGCGGUGGAGUACCUCUCUUUCCCUCUACCUUUGUGUCGCUCCCACUCUCCCAAUACCCGAAAUCCCCCGGCCAGUUCUUCGCCUACCACUGGGCCCGCACGAGACACUACUUCACCGGCGUCGUCGCCCUCCUCAACAUUAAGCUCCAGUCGAUGGACAGCUGGACCACCCGGCCCAGGUGGAAGGCACAGAGGGGCAAGAUCCCGCCGACGGCCAAGGCCAUGUACAGGGAGAUGCUCGAGGCGUUCGCGAGCGGCGACAAGCGCGCCCUGGAGAAACUCUGCACGCCCUUCUUCGCCGAGAAGAUGUCCGGGGCCAUCGACCGGCGCCCGCGCGACGAGCGGAUCCAUUUCGAGGUGGUGAAAUACAACAAGCCGCUCUUCUACCCGCGGCUCUCGUCGUACAUGAUCUCGCAGUACAACCCCAAGGACAGGGUCAACGUCCAGGAGCAGGCCAUCGUGGCCAUCGCGUCGACGCAGAAGAUGCACAAGUACAGCGCCAGGACGGGCGAGACGGUCCCGGGUUCCGUGAAGGUGCAGGAUAAGGUCGAGUACGUCGUGCUCAUGCGCAUGCUGAACACGCAGACGUACGAGAGGACUCCCUGGAAGCUCUGGGGUACGGCCAAGACGACCUCCUUGGAGUCGUUCCGGGAGGAGCAGGCCGCGAUCGAGAAGGAGCAGACACGUCGUGCUGGCUGGGGCGAGUCUGCCGGAAGCAGUUAG